AGAAGGCGAAUUUAGUAGAUAAGCGUCUCAAUUGAUAAUCGAGCAGACGUUGUUCAUUGAAUGUACAGAAUCGGAACAAACAAGAAGCAAUACUAAAAUAUUUUAAUCUGUGAUUCGAAAACUUGGUACUAACUGUGUAUAGCUACAGAAUCAGCCAUGAAAAGCGUACUUCUUUUGCUUUUGGCCCCUAUAAUCGUCCUCCAAGAUUUCGCGACUGCCAAUGAGCUGACACGGGAAGAGAAAACGAGUCUGUACUUGAAAGAAAUCUAUAGGCAAGUUGAGAAGCUUGAGCGAUUUAACAGGACAAAGCACAGACAUGCCGCUGCUUUUACCAUUGGCUCAGACGGCCAGUUAAAUAGGGGUAUUCCAGUCGCAAAUCAACUGCUUAGAAUCAAUAAUAAAAUAAAAAAGCUUUCCAAUAAUUUCGACCGUUUGAGAAGAUUCACAAUGGAGGGCUUUGAAAAUUAUUCGCUAGUAAGCUUAGCUGAGGAACAGGUUGAGAAACAACCCUUGGAAGUGCUUCACCUUAAGCUGUUCGGAAGUGAGGACCUCAUUGGUCAACUGGCCAGCGGCAACCAGCCUUACUUCUAUAGAUGUUUAAAGACCUUACCUGCCGAACGCCGCAAUCGCCUCAGCAAUAUCUUUUCUCGCUGUACACGCAGUAUGUCCUUCUCGAGCUGAAAGCCCACGCCUUAAUAGAGUGGUCCUGGUUGUUGCUCAUGAACUUCGGACUGUGUGAGUCCGUCGAGGAGAAGAACAGAACUCGAGGAGCCUACAAGCGAAGGACUCCGAGCACUCUGUCCAAAAUCAAGGAACUGAUGAGCCAAGCAGAUCCCACCGUUUGGCGCUGUGAUCCAACAAAGCACGAAGUUGGGGUCACCUACGAGGAGGUCACCCGUCUGCUGCAGGGUUACAUUGAGAACGAGGUGGACUUAAACAGUGAUGGAUCCUGUGGUCGGGACUGCUCCUACUACAAAUCCACAAAAUCUGAGGGCUGUUUUGACAAUAAGUUCUGCUCCGAGCAGCCAAAAUGCUCCGGUGGAGUUUACGAUUGCCGUUUUGUGGAGUCCGACAUGAAGGUUUGUCAGGCGGCAAAGAACUCCAGCAGGCGGUACGAGUUCAUCCAGUAUGAAAGUGGACUUGUCCACGGAAAAGAAGGCAGUUGCAACAAGAGGUUGCACAAUGCAAACAGCUGGAAUCGGUGGAUUAUCCAGGAAUGCAGCUACUGCCUUUGCCUGUGCGAUGAUCAGGGAAUUCACUCUGAUCGAUAUUUUAACUUGAGACCAGUGUUCGCCGAUGUUGAUAGAAACAGAGUCGUGACGGGCCUUCGUUUUGUGAAGAGAAAUCGCGUUUUUCACCUGCAAAUUCAAGAGGGCGAACUCCUUCCACUUGGGGUCAUCAAUGAGUCCACUCUUCAGUGGAAACCUGUGGAUGAGUACAGCGUAACCGACAAGGAUGUGCAAGAGGGCAUCGACUUUCACAGGCUGACCUACGAGAAGCGAUCCGUAGAUCUGGAUGAGCUGAAGGCGGAUGACAACUCCGUGGUUACUGGACUGCGGUUCAAAGUAAGAGGAACUCAUCUUCAACUGGAGGCUCAAUUCAGUAGAGUUGACUUCCAGAGCGGUUUGCUCAUCGACCCGAAAACAAAGUCCUACUGGAGGUCCGCUUGCAACGAUCAACAAAGGAAUAAGCUACCUUUGAAGGACGCCCAAGUGUCCACACGAUCCUCCACUGCAUCGAUACCUUACUCAAGCGACAACCACUUUAUUGAAUUUACUAAUACCGGAUUUGAGCAGGAUGCUGGCCAAUCCACGGUGCCAUUCAUCGACAUGCAGGACGUGGUUUCGGAGCCGGCGGUACCUCUGUCCGGCAUUGGCUUAUAUUAUAAGGGACAAGAUGGCUUUGGUGGUUUCCUGGCCCCGAAGUUAAUCACCUAUGACUUCACGCCCCAUGUCCAGCUGCCCUCUUGGGAAUCUAUGCAACCUAUAGAUGAAUAAAGUUUUGGCUUUCAAUAAAAAGUUUCGAUUUAUAUUAGACAGCGAAGUAGGAAGCAGCGUUGUUAAAAUAAAGUAUACAUAUUUCUUAUCAUCUUCAACAAAA